CGCUAAUGAUCGUGGGAAUUCAAUUGUGUAGCAUUAGCUAGUGGAAAUGAUUGUUGUUUAUGCUUGCUUGACUGCACAAUUAUAUGUUACGUUCUUUAGAUGCUAAAUUAGUCGGGUUGUUACAUCUAGCUAGACGUCUGUGCGUUUCAAAUUAACAUCUAGUCGUGGAAAAUGACGAACGUUAUUCAGGUGACAAAUGUCUCUCCGAGUACCACCUCAGAACAGAUGAGAACUCUCUUCGGGUUUCUUGGAAAUAUUGAAGAACUGAAGUUAUUUCCACCAGAUUAAGUGAAUCUUCCUUGCCUGUGACUUCACGUGUCUGUUUUGUAAAGUUCCUUGAGUCUGAGUCGGUUGGAGUGUCCCAGCAUCUGACCAACACUGUCUUUGUGGACAGAGCCCUGAUUGUCGUCCCAUUCGCAGAAGUUGUUUUUCCUGGUUCAGCCCUAUACACCAGGCCCUGCUGAAAAUGCCACCCAACAGUUUUGUCUUCUGCAGCUUAUCCUGUUUCUCAAGUGUCGUUUAUUUAUUUUUUUUCUCCGAAAAGAUGAAACCUUGUUUGAUUUGAAAUGAGCUUAAUUUUAGAUUGCACACCCAUGGACCAUCUCAUAAGAUUUUCGUUUUUAUUUCACUAUUGUAUAGUUUUUUUUCUUCAGCAUUGGGCACAUAGUUAACCAUUUCUAUUUGGGCUUUUGCUGGCAUUUUCCCUUUUUUGUCAGAGCCUACUCAGUACUCUUCGGCAGGUAGCCUCGAGGUUAGUUUGGGCCAGUUCGAAUACCAGAGCCGACAAGGUGAAGAAAGAAAAAGUCUGUUGCUUUGCCCUUGAACAAGGCACUUAAUCCUAAUUGCUCCAGGGGCGCUGUACAAUUGUGACUGUGACCCCACUCUCGGGGAAUUGGGAUAUUUAGAAAAAUAAACACAUUUUCAAUUACACACUUGUGAGUAACAGGAUGAAAUAUAAACAACCCCCAAAUUAUUAUAUAUUAUUCUUUCAGUUAGUUGUAAGUUACAUUUUACAACACUGUACAUGAGUGGUAUCCUACGAAGCGUGUUUGAGGAGUUGUCGAAGUAACUUGGUCAAGUCAGGAUAACCAGUCAUACGAAACCGCCUUUUAGCCAGGUAAAUUUCUAUGGCAACAGAUCCUAACCAGCUCCAGGGCAGGCCAACUCCACUUACCCUGAAUGAAAUGACUGAGCAACGAGUUGAGGACCAAUUAAAUCUGAUUCCCUCCCUCUUGCAUAGAUUGCGUCAUCCGCUUCAUUUGAGGAAGACAAUUGAUUCAGUAUUUUUAUUAAUCAAAUGUUUUUGUGUUAAAAAUAGUCAUGUUAAUAUAUCACAUUACACAUUUAGUAAUGACAGAAUGCAUUUUUUUACAUUUCAGCGUUUGCUUAGCCAUGUGUGACAUAGACACGCAGAUAUAGGCCUGCUAGAGUUAGAGGCAGGCGGACGGGCAAUAUCCACCUUUUGUAGUAUGGAUGAAGCCGGAGGUGGAAUGUGAAGCUAACUAAUGCUGGUUAGCUGUAGAAACCCCUGAGUAGAUCUAGCUUGCUUCGUAGUAUACCCCUCUGGUGAAUACAGUAGCCAAUCAACAGUGCUGUAGGCUCUUUGGAAGAAAGAAGCCACCAGCAAAAGCCCAGAAAACAGAAUUUGGUUGAGCCUUUUUCUGUUUGGUUUGUUUUGUAAUGGUAAGUGUUUUUCGGCAAAAGUAGUUACCUUUUCCCUGAACUUUGUUUUGUGUAUCUUGAUGUUUUUGUGUGCUUUGUAGCGAAGCAGCCGUCACGAGUCGCUUGUUCAUAAAACAUCUAAUGAAACUUGAGAGCACAUCCCACUGGACAACUGGCUGUGCUUGCUUACGUUUGGUUCAUGACUUAGAAAAACAAGUUCAGGAGUGAUUCCUGAUGAGUCUAAAGCUCUGUCACUGCUGGCACCAGCGAACGCCGUGGCAGGAUGCAUGCCUGGAGGAGGCCUUCUCCCCACUCCAAAUCCUUUGGCAUCCAUGGGAGGCGUACCUCUUUCAGCUCUCGGAAAUCCGAACAUGGAUCACAUGGCUGCCAUGGGCAUGUCUGGCAACAUCAACCCCCAGACCCUCUCUGCUGACUUUUUGAAGCUUAUGCAGUCCAUGGAUCCUACUAAGAUGAAUCCAAUGGCUGCUGGUAUGAUGAUUAAUUCUGGUAUGAAGAAUGACUCCAACAAGGAGAUAGAGGAGGCCAUGAAGAGGGUCAGAGAGGCCCAGUCACUCAUCUCUGCCGCUAUCGAGCCUGGAAAUAAGAAAGACGACAAGCGCAAACAUUCCCGCUCCAGGUCCCGGUCGAGGCGGAGGAGGUCCAGGUCUCGUCACAGGCGAUCAAAGAGCAGGUCUCGACGGAGGUCCCACUCGAGGAGCAGGAGGCGGUCGAAGAGCCCCCGCAGACGGAAGUCCCACUCCAGAGAGAGGGGUAGACGCAGCAAAUCCAGGGAUAGGAGGAAAGAAGAGAAAUCCAAGAAGCGCUCCAAGACGCCGCCCAAGAGCUACAGCAGUACCAGGAGGUCUCGCAGCAUCAAUCGGAGACGUAGAAGAAGCCGCAGCGCCUCUAGGUCACCGAAGAAGUCCAGGUCCCCAAAGAGGAAACUGUCCCGGUCCCCUUCCCCUAGAAGGCACAAGAAGGACAAAAAGAAGGACAAAGAGCGAGAGAAGGACCGUGAGAGGGAGAGGAAAGACGUCAGAGAUCGGAGCCGAGACGAAAGAGAACGCUCCACUAGCAAGAAGAGCAAAGACAAGGAUAAGGACCGAGACCGCAAAUCUGACAGUGAGAAAGGAGAUGUCAAGAACGCUUUGCUCUUGAAGGUGACCAGGGAUUACGAUGAGGAGGAGCAAGGCUAUGACAGUGGAAAAGAGGGAGAGGUAGAUGACGAAGAGGAGAGGAAGAGCGACUCAGAUUCUGCAUCUCCCCCAAAGCCCCAGGAGUCUGACGAGAAUCUUGCAGGGGAGAGCGGCAAGAAGUCCAAACAGAACGGAGAUGACCACCAUGAUGAGGAAGACAUGGAGAUGAGCGACUGAGUACGCCCAGGGAAACCCAGCCAGAUGAUGUCACUGAAAACCGACAUAGGCUCCAUUCCCUACCGUUGUCUUUUUAAAGGCGCCUAGAUAACGUGUCUGAUCUUUUAAAUGAAUACUUAUGGGGGUCUGGUGGGUUGUAGUCCUAUUGGGGAAGAUGUACAGUUUUUAGAGUUAUAGACACUUUCCAUCUCUAGACUGGUUAGGGAAAAUAUUGUUCCUGUUUGAAAUAGCCAGUUUAUUUCUGUAGUGGACCGUGUCUGGUGAGCAUGUGUAGGAAUUCUGUCCCAAAUGAUUUUUGCAAAAAAUAAAAUGUCAAAUUGCUGUACUUUUAAGUUGAAGGGCCUGUUGAAUGUGAGGGGUUUUGAAAGUGAUUUCCUUUUUUGGCCUCAAAGAUUUUAUCUAUCUUGAACAUAGAGGAACUGUUUUCUCCUAAAUGACUCACUGAACUUAUGUGUACUUAAACCUUUUACAGGACAGGUUGUUUGCCCCUCGCCUACUCAGACUGUUAAAUCGUAUUUAGCCUGGUACCAUUCUGGUUUCGGUGCAGUGCAGCUUUCUAUUCUUUGUUGUAAUCUUGACAAAUUGACUCAAUCUGUAAAGCACUUAAUACUGUUGUAGACAUACCCUUCCACCCGUGAUGAUAUACUGUAGAUCCAAAUCAGUGUUUGGAUUAUUAUGAUGGAACACCCUGUACUGUCUACAUGUUUAACAAAGGAAAGUCUAAUAAAACGUGGUCAAAAUA